AUGGGAGACUGGAAUUUUCUUGGAGGCAUCUUGGAAGAGGUCCACAUUCAUUCCACUAUUAUUGGAAAGGUCUGGUUAACUAUCCUAUUCAUAUUUCGAAUGCUGGUCCUCGGUGUGGCAGCUGAAGAUGUCUGGAAUGAUGAGCAGUCAGAAUUCAUAUGCAAUACAGAGCAACCUGGCUGCAGAAAUGUUUGCUAUGACCAGGCCUUUCCUAUCUCUCUCAUAAGAUAUUGGGUCUUGCAAGUUAUAUUUGUAUCUUCACCUUCCUUGGUCUAUAUGGGCCAUGCUUUAUACAGACUAAGAGCCUUAGAAAAAGAGAGACAAAAGAAGAAGGCACAAGUAAGAAUGGAACUUGAAGGAGUCGAACUAGAAAUGACUGAAGAUCGGAAAAGACUGGAGCGAGAACUCCGGCAACUGGAACAAAGAAAGCUCAACAAAGCACCCCUGAGAGGCUCCUUGCUCUGCACUUAUGUGAUACAUAUUUUUACUAGGUCUGCAGUUGAAGUUGCAUUUAUGAUUGGCCAAUAUCUUCUUUAUGGUUUCCAGCUCAAUCCUCUUUAUAAAUGUCUGAGAGAGCCAUGUCCAAACAUAGUUGACUGUUUUAUAUCAAGACCAACAGAAAAGACAGUGUUCAUAUUAUUUAUGCAGUCAAUAGCAAUUGUAUCAUUGUUUUUAAACAUCUUAGAAAUUGUCCAUCUAGGGAUCAAAAAAAUUAAAAAGGGACUUUGUGGGCCUGAUAAAAACAGGGAUGACUUUGAUGAUUUCUAUGUAAGUAAAUCCAAGAAAAACUCUGUAAUACCCCACCCUUGUAUGGGAACAUCCGCAACUCCACAAAGAACUCUCCCUUCUGUCCCUAGUAGUUAUACCAUGUUAAUGGAAAAACAAACUUACACGGCAGGCCAUGAUCUAAAUUCAUCUUCAAAGGAAAGUAAAUUGCCAGAUGAGACGCAAACUACUAAUACUUUGGACCAUCAUCCUCGAAAUAACAGCUCAAAUAAUAAUGAAGGCUUAAGCAAGGUAUUUGGGACAGAAAUUAACGGUAGUCAACAACAAGAUGAAAAGAAACAUUGCCUCAGUGGCAUGCAUUCUAAUCUAGGUGCUGCUUCCGGUCUGUGCUUGGGAAACCUGGCUGAACUGCCACCUGGAAGUUCAUUGCAACCUGAUAUGACUUCCCCUAUUUCAAUUAACUGUGCUCGAAAGCUACGUGGAGUCAGUUCCCCAUGGAACUGCUCAACAGUAGUUGAGAGUGAAGGGUCUCCAACCGAUUCUCCUUCAACGAGCAGCAACCGAGGACAAGACAACUUCAGUGAAAGGAGAGCCCAAGGCCUUUCCAAGACUGACCUAAGAAAAAUUGGCAGACCGGACACUCCUGAUUCUCUAAGUGAGUUGAGCUCAGAAUCCAAACAGAGCAGAAAUUGUGAAAGUCCUCAGGCUUUCUCUCCCUCUCGGCGAAUGUCAUUGGCAAGUAAUGCCAGCAGCAGGCGUGCCCCCACCGAUCUUCAGAUCUAAGUGUUUGUUACCUUACCUAUAUGUUACAUGCAUGAGUACUGAGGGAAAUUAUUGGACACUGUCGCAUGAAUUAUACCUAUUUGUAAUUGUAGUUAAGUUAAUCAACUUUCACCAGCUCUUUCACUGAGGUAAUGGAAAGAACUAUGCACCCUUGUGCAGUAGUUAAGAACUCUUGAAAUGAGAAAUUGAUUCUACUUCCUCUUAAUAAAAAGAUGACUUAAAAUCUAACAGAGCAGAUAUCCCCAUUAUCUUUCCUGUUCCUAAAGCAAACAGAUGUAAGUCACUUUUAAUUCAACCCAGUAAUUCCUGUAUGAAGUCCAUCCAAGUUCAGCCUCAAAAAUCUACGGAUCACUGCAAUCUGAACUGACUUUUUUGUGGGGGGCAGGGGAGGGGGAGGAGAAGUGAUGGACACAGGAGCCAUCUUUGUGUGGAGGCUUUGUGCCUCUUCAUUGCCUUUUUUCACCCUCACUCCCACAUAGCUCCAUGCCAGGGGGACUGUGCUGACAGGGAUUCGCUUGCUGCAGUUGCCUCUGAAAAGCAUGUUAGUGGGGGUGCCACAUCAAGGGUGGGGAACAUGUGUUGUUUGGUUUGUUUUGUUUUAGGGGGAACAUACUGAAAAGAAUGGACCUCUACUGCCUCCUCUCUAGAUCCGUGGAGCCCAAAUUCCAUGAAGCACCUGUGAAAUAUAAAAGGGUUUAUGUGAGGAUGGGGAGAAGUGAGCACUAUGCGACGUAGCCUGCAUGCUCCCAGGGAGCAGCCCUAGCUGUUUUGCUGGCCAGGGUGGAAAAUGUUUUCAGCACCCUCUCCGCCUGUGCAUUGGAGGCCCUCCCCCCCGCGCCCCCCCCCAAAAAAAGGCAAAGCAAAACAAAAAAAAACCCCAAACCAGAAAAGCCAAGUGGUGACACAGCUCCCUGGAAAAUUGGUGCCCACGGUGACUGCUCUGCUCACCCACCCCUAGAACAGGCCAUACAUGCUCUCUUCUGUGCCUCCCCUGAGUUAAAUUCACAGUUUCAAGCAAUAUUUGCAUAACUGAUAGUGCAACAUCAAGGUUAAAACAAGAACAAAAAAACAAAAGCUAGGAAAUUGAAAAGUAAUUUUUCUUUUAGCAUUAGGCAUGUUGCACAUGCUGAAGUAUUUACUAUUCUUGUGUAUCUUGUUAAAUCUAUCUUAGUUUUUUCUUUGGUAUCUAUCAGUUUAGCAUCUGAGGUAAAUACAUAGUUGUAUGUUAUUCUAUUGAUAUUGCUAAAUGACUACCUUACCAAUAUGUUCCAUUAACAAUCAUGUAGUAAUCUUAACUUUUGCAUUUUCUGACUUUUAAAAUUUUAAUUGGGAAUACUUAUAUUUGCAAUAAUGUAUGUGUUUUGCAUUUAAUUUUCUGAUUUUUAAAAGAAGAAAUGCCUAUGCUUAAUGCACUCCUUUUGCACUGUAUAAAUAAUACAUAAGUAGCAAUAAUGUUAUUUUUUAAAUGGUUAUGAUUGGGCUUUGAAGUUCAUAUCUCAGUUCACUGAAUUGUGCAGAAGUCUGUCAAGGAGUUUAUAUUCUGUUGUUUCUGUUUGGAGACAGUUUACUGUAAGGAUGUGUCACACAUUAAUGGCUGCACACAGUAUCUUUUCAAUGGAAAAACAAACAUGAAAUUUAGCUAACAUUAAAACUUAAGAAUUUCCAGAAUAUGGCAGAAUGCAACAGAAAUUGUUGAAAGACCCAACAAUAAAAUAUGGGUGUUGUUUUCACAUCCAGGAUUUUGUCCUA